AUGGCACACCCAUUAGUGCUCAAACUGCUAGGACCCACUUGCGUGCCGAGAGAAUCAUUGCGCACCGACCUUAUGUCGGCCUACCUUUUGACACCACGGAGGCGGCAAGUGCGUCUUGACUUGAUGCGCAGACAUGGCUUGAAUGGCAAAACAAUGCUCGACCGCAUGUUGCCAGAGUCUCGUAAUUUUCUCACGGCAAACAACGUUCAGCCUCUGGAAUGGUCCCCAUAUAGCCCCGAUGUGUCUCCCAUUGAGCAUCUGUGGGAUGAGCUGGACAGGCUGACGAAUGUUUCCUUAGCAACGGAUGCUGGACACAUGACUGAGAGUAACACUGUUAGUUCUACAGAUUCUCAGACAGAUACAACGACAGCUUCGGUAACCUCUUCAUCCAAAACAGAAAUUACAUCCAACCCAAGUACCACGGAGCCAGUUACUACACUGAUAACGACUGAUGGGCAGCCAGCUACAACUCUCGAGCCGACAUCAGUAAGGACCAGCACCCCCUCCCCAGAACAGUCACUGUCCACUUUCCUGGCGACGCUGUCUGUGGUAGCGGAGUGGAGUCCGGCCUACGAAGAUCCUACGUCGGACGAGUAUUGGGCUCUCCUCCACGCCGUCAUGGCAUUUUUGUUUAGGGAGGCUCACAUAGCAGAUGUUUCCAGCAUAACAUUCGUGGGAUUCUCUCCGGGCAGUGUCAAGGUUAAAUAUGAAGUGGUCAUCAAUCGCAAACGAUAUGAAGGAGACAGUUUAAAAGAUGCCAUAUGGACUGCAUAUGGAGGCAUCGAUUUUCCGUCAAUGAUGUUGAAAGAGGAUGUCAUAUCUUUUCAAGAUGAAACAAAACCAGGUGAAGUUGAGGAGCCAGAUUCCGUAGGCCCCUCUCCGACCCAGGAAGCCACAUCUGACAUGUGUGUUAUAAAACCCUGCAUGGGAGGUGUUAUUUGCCAAGUUGUCGACGGUAUCGCCAUUUAUGUGAACGAAUGUCUGGCUGCCUCAACAUGUCCUUCUCAUUCCGACUGUGUCAACAACGAAGGCAGUUUUUCCUGUCAGUGUAAACAGGGUUUCGUGGUCACGAACGAAGGAUGUGACGAUAUCAACGAAUGUUUGGAUGGACCCUGUGGAGAUCACGCUCUCUGUUACAACACCCCCGGUACCUACGAGUGUGUUUGUAACCCAGGUUACGUGAUGACUGACGGCGAGUGCAAAGAUAGAGACGAGUGUCUGGAUUUCCCUUGCCCCGGUAACGCCCAUUGUAACAAUACAGAUGGCAGUUACCGGUGUAAAUGCUACGAUGGCUUCGCCAGUAUUGGUGAUACAUGCGAAGAUAUAAACGAGUGCGAGGAAAACCCGAGCACGUGUCCUGCUAACUCCGAAUGCGUGAACAUCGAUGGUGGACACUUGUGUGUAUGCAGCAAUGGCUUCAGUAAGGUCAAUGGCACGUGUGAAGACGUGAAUGAAUGUACAACAAGCGCGGUAUGCCAUUCUAACUCUCAGUGCAGUAAUACUGUGGGUAGUUACCGAUGUGUUUGUGAAGACGGCUUCCUAGAUCAAGUAACCCACUGUGAAGAUAUAAAUGAAUGUCUCACUGGUGUUUGCGGGGUUAAUGCAGAUUGUUUAAACACCAAAGGGAGUUACCAAUGUUCGUGCAAGACAGGCUACACAAAAAUCAACAAUAACUGCCAAGAUAUAGACGAGUGUUUAUACAGACUUUGCUCAGCUAAUACCAAUUGUACCAACACACCUGGUAGUUACACCUGUACAUGCCAUACCGGAUUCAUUGAUAUUGGAACGGAGUGUGAAGAUAUAAACGAGUGUAUUACAGACCCUUCCCCGUGUCCCAGUCAUUCCGAUUGUGCCAAUUCAGCAGGUAGCUUUACCUGUACGUGUAAUACAGGUUACGUCAUGGUGGAUAGUGGAGUAUGUGAAGAUAUCGACGAAUGUCCUCGCAGCCCGUGUCCAAGUCACUCCAAGUGUCAGAACAACCAAGGCAAUUACACCUGUGUUUGUGAGAAGGGAUUUUUCCAGAGCACACCUUACGAAUGCAUUGAUGCCAGAGUAUUCAAUACGUCUAUCAAAGUGCUGAAGGUGAAUGACAGUGACGCUGUUUUUAGUGACGAGUUGAGGGAUGACCAAUCGGAGUUACAUACAUAUAUGACAAGCUCGUUUAAAUCAUCGGUAUCGGAAGUGUUCACAAAUGCUGGAUUUGAAAACAAUUACCUUGGAACAAGGAUAGAGAGAUACGCUCCAGGAAGUAUCAUCAUCUUAUCAACCGUCUAUUUCCGUACUGAGAGUACUGCUCAGGAAUUGGACAUCAAGAACUCCAUUGUGUCAGGGAUCCCCGUGUUGCAGUCAAAUGGACUGGAGGUUCUUCCCGGAGACAUACAUGUAUCAGCUAUAAAUGAGUGUGACAGCGAUGAGUGGAAUAGUUGUUCGCCUAACUCUACCUGUACCCAGUCGUCUGGUGUGUACGUCUGUACCUGUUUCACUGGAUAUAUUGAUAUAGGUGUGGAUAAUGGACAGAUCCCGGGAUCGGCGUGUGCAGUUAUUGACGAUAACAAUCAGGACCCAAUCUUGGGAUUUGUUGUUUCUACUGACUUCUAUUUCUACCGCUUGGGAGAUGACGUGUUAUUUACGCUGCAACUUUCCAGAGGCUCGCAUGUCAAGUACACAGUUAAUUACGGUGACGGAACAGUGAAGAUGGUUGAUGACCCGGAAGACCUUGCAUUCAUUUUGCCAUUUUCGUUAACUCACAGAUACAUGUCCGCUGGAAAUUAUACAGUUGAAAUUUCUGCAAGCAACAGCAUUUCCCAAGCUUCGCUUAGUCAUCACGUCUUCAUCCAAGACGGCAUCUCAAGUUUCCUUUUGGAUUGUAAAGAGCGAAACACGUCGUAUCCGGGAGACAUUGACUUUGUGUUAACAUCCAUGUCUUUGAUCACUUUUGCCAACAUCCAUUUACACUGUGUGUUUGGCGAUGGUAACACAUUGUACGAGUACGUCGGUGACACUCAGUACAACUCGUCCUUCACCUUCACUCAUACGUUCUCUCCGGGAGUUUACGAAACGACUUUAAACAUAUCAAACAUGGUUAGCUUUCUUAUGAUAAAGAAGACAUUUAUCAUCGAAGAACCCGUUUCAGGAUUAACUGUCUCCAGUAAUAAGUACGUUCUCUCCAAGGGAACCGAAAUCGUUAUUUCAAUAAGGACAUCAACAGGAUCGAAUAUAACACUUCAUAUAGAUUUCGGUAGUAACGAAACCACUUCCCUUUCACUAAACAACAUUCGGCGUGGACAGUCAUCAGUUCAUAUACCAUUUACUUACAAUGAUAUAGGUACCUAUAACGUGACAGUUAUCGCAAAAAAUGUUAACUCUUCUCAAACGAUGGUUUCUCAAUUAAUAUUCGUCCAGAAUCCUGUCAGAGACGUUGUCUUAGAGGUGCCUAAUCCCCUAAUAUUGUCUCCCCCUGGUCAUAUUUAUGCUGAACUCUCGUACGUCGGAGGUCAAGAUCCGCCAUCCCACAUGGAAUGCUUGAUAUUGCUGAAUAACACAUACCCCUCUAGUGUUUACAUAGAUAUUAUGGAAAAUGCCAAACCGACCUACCUUAAUUCGACUUGGGGUGGUUCUGAAUCUGUGGGAGAUAUAGAAAUGUUUGUCAACUGUUCCAACAAGUUAACGUCAGUACUUAUGAUCAAUUGGAUUACUAUCCAAAGGAAAAUAGAAGGAUUAUCUAUUAACGUCAACAAGUUGUACAUACCUGUAAAUGGACAAGUUAAUUUCGAUUUCUUAAUUGGCGUUGCAUCUCAUGCAAAAUACGAAAUAUUGUUCAAGGAUGGUCACGAGGUUUUGGGCGUGUUAGAUCAAGAUAUAUUCUACAAUAGACAGAUUUCACUGACGCACACAUUUCAGCAGAAAGGAUUAUACCCAGUGACCUUCACUGUCAGAAACGCGGUAUGGUCAUCAAUAGCUGAGGUUGAUAUCUGGGUAUUAACAGAGGUUAAAGGACUGGCUUUCGUGAGAUAUUAUGCUAUGUCAGAUAAGUUCGACCUACCAAACUAUGGUCAUGGUGAUAGAAGUAACAUAUUUCCCCUAGAGAGAGAUAUCAUUUUAAACGCCUCCGUGUCCAGUGGUAAUCACUUGACGUUCGGUUGGAGUUUCGGGGACGGCGUAUAUUUAGAAACUCAAGAUGAAGUUAUGAGGCGAAAAUUCAACAAUCCAGGCACUUACAAUAUAGAACUGAACGCUUUCAAUCAGUUGUUUUAUGCUGUAACGGACGACGUCAUCACCUUACAACAGAUCGUGCAGUUUCAUACUAUAAGUAACAACGGUCCGAGUGAUGCCUUUGAAAUAAUCACGUUCAAGAUGGAACUAGCACGACCCGGUACAGACUCAUGUUUUACUUGGAAUAUGGGUGAUGGGUCACAAGAAACGAUAUACGGAGGAAGUUUAUGUGAAAACAUCGCGAGACGAAAUAAGUUAAACUAUGUUAGUUGGACGCCAGUUGAAGUUUUGGAACAUUCACACAUGUAUAGAACUAAUGAUACUUUCAUGGUGAAUGUGACGGGUUUCAAUGAUGUGUCGACUCAGACAGUCACUGAUUUAGCAAUUAUCAAUAACAUCACCUGUUUCUAUCCCGACGUUCACAUCGAAGGCGGGGGUCAGCAAAUUGACCUUCCAGUCCAUCAUUACAAGUCCGAGAGAAUUAUUUUAGAGAGCACAGCAGAAGUCAACUGUAAGGCUUCGAAAGAGGUGAGCUAUGACUGGAAAAUUUACAAGAUUGAUGAAGGUAAAACGUAUCUGGACUACGUAUUUAAUCAAUACAACAUUGACCUCGUACCAACUGAUCGCUUUAUCAUGGUGUUACCACCAAGCACCUUCCUAGCCGGACACUAUAAGAUUGAGUUGAAUGUGUCCAUGUACGAGAUUCACGGCCUCUCUUCUGUCGACUUUACGUACUUGAACAUCACCGACACACCACUUUCUGCCAGCUUUGUCGGUGGCGUCAUGCGAACCAUCGGAUUCGAUACAGAUGGUGAGUUGGAUGUUUUGUCGAAUACGUACGAUCCGGAUUUGCUCGACACUUCAAACAAAACAGGAUUAACCUUUACAUGGAAGUGCCGUUUGUCACACGAAACUUUUCCAACGGGCAGUUUACCAACUGUGGAGAUUCCGACCAUGGAGCAGCGACAAAACAUGACUUGGGGACAAGGCUGUUUUGGAACAGGAAUCGGCAAAUUGGAGAUGGAAACUGGAAUAUUGACGCUGAAUUCGGCUCUAUUUCAACCCAGAUCUGAAAAUGUUUUUGAGGUGAUUGUGCAAAAAGAUGAAAGGAUAUCGAUUGCUGAACAAACUUUAAUUGUCAUAGAUGGAACACCUAAGCAACUACAUAUCAAAUGUCGAGUGAAUUGUAAUUCCAAGAUGAACCCGUCGGGUGAAUUUCUCCUGGUCGGAAGUUGUCUAGAUUGUAGCCCGUUUGAUGACAUCCAGUUUAGAUGGUCCUUAUCCUUGCAAAAUCUGACCACGCUGAGUUUUGAUGAUGUCGUCGAACUUCCCGAGUUUGCAGAAGCUGGUAUUUCAAGUUCAGUGUUGUUAUUGAAACCAGCGACAUUGACCGGGGGUAGAAAGUAUCGUCUUAAACUGGAAGCACAAGUACAUGGUUACGCUGAUUCCUUUACUGUAUACGAGUUUGUCACCAAUCUACCGCCAUAUGGUGGUAUGUGUAAUGUCAUUCCUGAAAAAGGAUUUGCUCUUGAAACGACUUUCACAAUCGCAUGCCACGGUUGGAAGAAUCAUGGCGAGGAUCAAGAAAACUUGGAGUAUACGUUUUGGUUGAGACCACUGGAUAGCAAUCACAAUCAGCUCGUGUUCUACGGACGUCAGCCUUACACGCCCGAUUCACAGUUCCCGCUCGGACCUAGCGAACACAACUAUAUCAUCGACAUCAUCGUCAGAAUCCAAAACCCGAUCGGGGAAUAUAUCGAAACACCACUCGAGGUUCAGGUGAUGAAUCCAACAAAGGAGGAAGAUGUUGACUCGUUGAUAACACUUGCCUCAGGUGAGAAUAACGAGAUCUCUAGUCUCCUGUCGUCAGGCAAGAGUCAAGAGGCUAAACAGCUAAUCGUUGCCAUGGUCUCCCUCAUCAAUGAUGAACCGCUCAAUUUUGCGGGACACGAUCAGAGCGUACAGGAAACUGCCACAUCAGUACAUGUAACAAGCAACACAACGAACUUUAAUGCCACAACCUCGGAAAUCACCACUAUAACGAGUACGACCGGUAUUACCGGUACGACAACGGUCCCAACAACGGUUGAUCCGGUCAAGGCAAAGCAGGACAAGGAGAAAAGAGAAGAAGAAGAAAAAGAGAAACGGAUACAGUUUCGAGAGGUGCUGGCAAACACUCUAGAGCAACAGACAAACUCACAGUCAAUAAACUCCCUUCAACAAACUGCCAUGUGCUUUGCAAUGGUGGCACACGCUACAACCGAGCUUUCCGAUAACACGCAGGACAUCGUAGUCUCUUCAAUGCUGAUAAUGGCCAACUCUCUCGACAUAUUGGUGGAUAAUUCCAAGUCUGAAUCGAUGGAUCAAGAAUGGGACACUGCAGUUGAUAUGUUAGCUUCCCUUGGAAGUGUGGCAAUGGCUGCUGUUGGUAUGUCUUUAGAAGAGGUCGCCGUGAGCUCGCAUGUCUCCGAAACACAACACACGCAAAGUCCUACACAGCCAGUAGGGAGCACCACUAACCUUAACACUACGCAGACGCAGUCGACGACAACCCAAUCCACGCGAUCGACAACCUUAUCUAAUAAGGAAAUCCGGAGACAAAAGGUUAAGGAAAUCGCUACUAAGGUUCUGGAGGUGACCGAGAUGUUGUAUCAAACCGCCAUUAAGACACGUAUACCUGGUGGUCCACCAUUGCGUCUGGAGGCAGAACAUUUAUCUAUGGUUGCCGAAAGGAGAGAAGUGAACAAGUUGGUCAGUGCCGUGCUGAAUGUUACCAGCGGCUCUUUCGCGUUGCCAUCAUCAAACGAAAUCAUCAACGGCAGUGCGAAUACAUCCUAUAUAGAUUCUAAGGUUUUGAGUGCAGCACAGAAUACGUUCGUUUGGGACGACAGUUCCAGUAAGAUAAAGACCCCAGUACUGUCUCUAUCGCUAUAUGACAGUGACAAGAAUGAAAUCCCUGUAGCAGAUUUAAAAGAGGAAAUCGUUAUCGACAUAGCCAUUCCAUCUGGAAACUCUAACAAUGUCCGAAGCGCCACCGUCUCCAACUUGGAUAAGAAACUAAUGCAAUUUGUCGUAGAAGCGGGUUCGAAUGAAUCAUCUAUUCACCUGAUUAUCAGGCCUGAGGAUGACGCACUGUUACAAGUGUAUGUGCGGUACGGUGUUGCACCCACUGAGGAGACAUAUGAUGCCGUAUUUCUCAUUCCCCAAUACGACGCAGUUCCAGAUGGUGUCGAGGACGACAAUAUGGCCGACGAACUUGCGCACACCAUACUCAUUACACCAGAGUUUAUACAGGAGCAUGGUAUAGGAUCUUAUGUAGUAGCAUUAAAACCUUUUGAAAACGACACAGGUGAAGUUGAAACAUAUGAUGAAUACUACGCUGACUAUUUAGGACCAACCAUCAAAAACGAAAAAGCAGUAAACUUCAGUAUCACGUAUAGAAUAUGCGGAUGCCUUUUCUGGAAUGAAACAGCAGACAGAUGGAUGUCAGAUGGCUGUAGAGUCAGUCCGCUUUCGAACAGCAGAUUUACAAGAUGCCUUUGUAACCAUUUGACAUCUUUCGGGGCUGAUUUCUAUACACCACCUAACAAGAUAAAUUUUAAUACUGUAUUUGACAAUCUGGGAGCAAAGAUCGCAGACAACUGGGCAGUUCUGGCUACGCUAUGCUCCAUUUUUGUUUUAUUCUUUAUACUUGCUAUAUGGGCACGUCACAAAGACAAACUUGACAUCGUAAAGUGGGGCGUGGCUCCUCUAUCAGACAACGUGGUCAGUGACCCGUACUUUUAUCAGAUCUCCGUGUUCACUGGUAUGAGGAGGGGUGCAGGCACAAAGUCAAAGAUCAGUUUUGUAUUGGCAGGAGAUAGCGAAGACACUGGUGUUCGAAUCCUUGCCGACGAAAAAAAUAUCAAGAAUUGUAGUCGAGGUAGUGUAAACAACUAUGUGAUGAGUACACAACAGUGGCUGGGACCACUCACCUACCUACGUAUCUGGCAUGAUAAUAAGGGAAAAGGAAAACACCAGGGAUGGUACUUAAGCAAAGUCGUCGUAUCCGACCUUCAGACAGGGCAGACGUACUUUUUUAUGUGCAACCGUUGGUUGGCUGUAGAGGAGGAGGAUGGAAUGAUCGAUCGGAUGUUACCUGUGGCUGGAAAGGAAGACCUCACGAAAUUCAAUACUCUGUUCCUUACCAAGACAAAACGCAGCCUGACUGAUUCACAUUUGUGGAUAUCCGUGUUCUCUCGACCACAGCGGAGCCAUUUCACACGAGUGCAGCGUCUCUCCUGUAUUCUUUCUCUUGUAAUGACAACCAUGGUAGCAAAUGCUAUGUUUUACAGAUCGGAAGAUAACGUAGAAAACAAAGAAUCCUUCAUUAUAGGACCGUUUGAAUUUUCACUCAGCGGACUUUACAUAAGUUUUAUUAGCAGUCUAGUUGUGCUUCCUGCUAAUUUGAUCAUCGAUAACAUUUUCCGUAAAACACGACCUCGUCAAAACAAGGUAACUAAUUCAUUUGUGAGUAACAUCCAGCCCUUGAGAACUCUCUCACAAGUAGACCUUAGGCCAUGCAAAACUGAUGAUGACACCAAAUUAUCUGAGGUAACGGAAGACGAUUUUGACGUCCAAAAGAACACUCUUAAAAGUGAAUCCGCAAAUACAAUCAGUGGCGUAUCUACCACUUCAGAUACAGCUUUAAUCCGUAAGAAAUCGGUAUCAAGGCCAGCAACUGCACGAUCGAAACAACAGAAACCAAAAUUCACUCUCCCGCCUCCAUGUAUAUACAUAGCAUGGGUACUGGUAUUUUUAUCGUCAGUUAUAUCCGCUUUCAUCACCUUCCUCUACAGCAUGGAAUGGGGAAAGGAAAAGUCGUUGGCUUGGUUAUCAGCAAUGCUUCUGUCCAUUGGAGAAUCAAUCACAGUUAUCCAACCAACAAAGAUCAUCACAAUUGCUGUGAUAAUAUCUGCCCUGCUAAAGAAGCCGGACGUAGAAGAGGUCGAAGAAAAUGAGGAUACACCGAUGGCUCCAAAACAUGACGAAGAACUUCUUUUCACUAAACCAACCAAAGCUCUGCGACCACUUGUGAAAGUAGACACACCAGAUCCCGAGAAACUGAAAGAGGCUCGAAAAAUUCGCCUGAAUGAGAUUCACAUGCAUCAGAUUAUCAGAGAAAUUAUCUUUUACUUCAUCUUCCUGGCAUUGAUUUUAUUAGUGGCUAGUCAUAAUAGGGAUCCUAAAGCAUUCAAUGCAAAAACGGCCAUACUCAAUGUGGUUAACCCGAAAAACGCAAUGACCAAGGUGAGGACAGUGUCUGAUUUUUGGGAUUGGAUGGAGAAGAUUCUACUUCCAAAUAUGUACCUCACCCACAAAUGGAACGGAGCUCCGGCUGAUGAUGAGGAGCAACGACUCAUCUCUACUCGUACAGCAUACCGCGUCGGGCCGAUUCGUGUCCGCCAACAACGCGUAAAGAAAGGUGGUUGUAAAGUAUCUACGUACAUGCGCAAUAUUAUCGACAGUUGUGCAGUUGAUUGGGACAAUGAUGAUGCUGACAACGACGCUUAUAGGGAAGCGUGGCACAAAGCUACAGCAAAUGAAUCGUUUGAUCACAUUGUCAACUAUCCUUGGAAGUACCGCCCGUUCUUGGACACGGGAGGACUACCGUAUGCCGGGGAAAUUGGUGUCUACCCAGGUGGAGGGUAUAUAGUGGAUUUUAUAGGAAAGAGAGAACGAGCUUUUCAGUUUCUAAACGAAUUACGUCAGAAGAACUGGAUAGACAGAUAUACACGUUCAGUGUUUCUCAUGUUCACGGUCUAUAACGCGAAUAUAAACAUGUUUUCAACACUUAACAUCGUAUUUGAAAUGCCAAACACAGGUGAAUUUAUGGUGAAGGAAAACAUCCAUACCUUUCGCUUGUUUUCUUACCUGGGAGGAUACGGUAUAUUUGUUAUAUUCUGUGAGGUAUCGGCGGCUAUUAGCGUUAUAUACUUUUUCGUCAGAGAAUGUAAACGAGUUCGAAAGGAAAAGCAGAACUACUUUAAAGGGUUUUGGAAUAUAUUGGAGCUGCUGACAAUGAUGACGGCAUUGGUUUCCAUUAUCAUGUAUAUCAUCAGACACUUUAUCACAGCUAUUGCCGUGUCUAGUGUGACGAAGCUCCGAGAUAGAUUCUACAAUUUUGAAAAAGUCGCCAUGUGGGAUGAGGUCUUCGGCUAUGUGAUGGCAUUUACUAUCUUCGCGUCCAUUAUCAAGCUUAUUCACAUGUUCCGUUUCAACAGAAAGAUGUCAAUGAUAGCAGGGACACUGAAAAACUCUACGAGUGACAUAUCCGCUUUCUCUUUUGUAUUUCUUGUGUUCCUAUCAGGAUUUGCAAUAUGGGGAUAUAUUAUGUUCGGGCGGAACAUGGCAUCAUAUAAGAGUAUGAUUCAGUCCAUUGAAACCCUACUUGCAUUUUCCUUGGGAGAAUACGACUACCUGGCGCUGGUCAAUGCAAAUAGAAUCUUUGGACCAUUGUUUUUCUUCUCAUUUUUCCUCUUCAUUAACUUUAUUCUUCUAAAUGUCUUCGUCACAAUCCUGAACGAAUCCAUCUCUGCUGUGAGAAAAGAUGUAUCAAAGCAAAGCAAUGAGUUUGAAAUCGUGAGUUUCGCUUGGACAAGGUUUAAAGGCUGGAUUGGAAUUGAUUUUGACAGAAUACUGUUGGACGUGCAAAGGAAAUACAUGAUAGGUAAAAACGACGAGAAGCCCCCCACCAUUGAUGAUUCUAUGAAAAACAUCGCCAGUAAGCUGGAUACUAUAAUCAGUCGGCUAGAAAAACUAGAUAAAGAAGAAAGAGACAACCAACAGACGGAUGGAGGACAGAGACAGGCAUCCCCUCAAAUCAUCAUCCGUACUGAUACUCCACUGUUUACCAGGCUUUUCCCAACACUUGGCCGCCAGAAGAUCAAUCUUGAAUAA